AUGACUGAAUACAAACUUGUCGUCGUCGGUGCUGGUGGUGUGGGCAAAAGCGCAUUGACAAUUCAACUUAUUCAGAACCACUUCAUCGAUGAAUAUGACCCGACAAUUGAGGAUUCCUAUCGAAAGCAAGCGGUUGUUGAUGGUGAAACAUGUCUACUCGACAUUCUUGACACUGCCGGACAAGAAGAGUACAGUGCUAUGCGUGAUCAAUACAUGCGUGGCGGCGAAGGCUUUCUUUGCGUGUUCGCAGUCAAUAAUGCGAAAUCAUUCGAAGAAAUCAAACAAUAUCGUGAACAAAUAAAACGAGUAAAAGAUGUCGAUGAUAUCCCAAUGGUUUUGGUAGGAAAUAAAAUUGACUUGCCAACACGCACUAUUGAUUUAUCACAAGCAAAAGAGUUCGCUGCAAAUCUAUCCAUGCCGUUUGUUCAAACGUCAGCUAAAACACGGCAAGGUGUCGAAGAAGCAUUCUAUACCCUCGUGCGAGAAAUACGAAAAUAUAAAGAACGAACGCGGAAAGGUCGGAAAAGUAAAUCCGGUAGCAGUGGCUUGAAUAGUAUUGGAAAUAAAACUUCCUCCAAAGAUGGCCGUAGUAAAGGUGUGAGACAACGCAAUGGUAAACGAAGUUGCAUUUUAAUGUAA